CACGAAAAAAAUUUUCGUCCUCCAUCAAACGUCUUAAAGUGCUACUGCGAUCGACCUUCGUUCCGAGUUUUCACUAGCUUACUGCGCACGAAAAGUUCCGAAAUGGGUGGUGAAUUAGGUAAUUUGAAAUCUGAUAUUCGUGGUGUUAUUACCACCAAAUUAUCUCCAUUUGAGCAGAAAGCAUUCCAUGGAAUCAUAUCCCAUGGAGUACCCAAUUCCAUCAAACGGACGCUUUCCAAUGUACCAUUCAUUGUUCCACCAAUGAUUAUUGGAUAUCUUGUUUACGAUUGGGCCGUUACUGAACAUCAUCAUAGUUUAAGGAAAAACCCUGCUGAUUUCGCCAAUGACGAAUAGAUUUUUUUUUUUGUUAUAAAUCUAUAAUUUACGUAUUAAAUAAUUAUAGAUAAUAGAAUUCUGUUUGUCAAACAUCAUUAUUUCUAAAGCAAUUAACAGUAAUAAAAUAUUUUAACUAGUUGUAAA